UAUAUUCGACUGGAGUCAGUUCUUAACGAGAAACUACGAUAAAUAGCGAGACUAUCAACAAACAACGUGAGUCAACAUGGCUGGAACGAUGACUGCAUUGACUGUUGGGGGGGACAGAACUACCGGACAAUCUGUCAGAACACAAAAUGUGUUGGCAGCAUGUACAAUUUCAAAUAUUGUCAAGAGUAGUUUGGGACCAGUUGGAUUGGAUAAAAUGCUUGUCGAUGAUAUUGGUGAUGUGACUAUUACCAAUGAUGGUGCCACUAUAUUGAAAUUACUAGAAGUGGAACAUCCUGCUGCCAAGGUUCUGGUAGAAUUAGCAGACUUGCAGGAUCAGGAAGUUGGUGAUGGAACAACCAGUGUUGUUAUAAUUGCUGCAGAAUUGUUGAAAAAUGCUGAUGAACUGGUCAAAUCUAAAAUACAUCCUACCUCAAUCAUCAGUGGUUAUAGACUCGCCUGCAAGGAAGCUGUUAAAUAUAUACAGGAACACCUGACUAUUAGUGUUGACGAAUUGGGUCGUGAUUGUAUCAUUAACGCAGCAAAGACAAGCAUGUCCAGUAAGAUCAUUGGACCUGAAUGUGAAUUUUUCUCCGCUAUGGUCGUCGAUGCUGCCAAUGCUAUUAAAACACCUGAUGGUAAAGGAGGUUAUCGUUAUCCAAUUAAAGCUGUCAAUAUACUAAAGGCUCAUGGCAGAAGUUCUAAAGAGAGUACCCUGGUGCAUGGAUAUGCCUUAAAUUGUACAGUAGCAUCACAAGCUAUGCCUAAAAGAAUCGCAAGUCCUAAAAUAGCGUGUUUAGAUUUUAGCCUGCAGAAAGCCAAGAUGCAUUUAGGUGUACAAGUUUUAAUAGAAGAUCCAAGCAUGUUGGAUGGAAUCAGACAAAGGGAAUAUGAUAUUACCAAAGAAAGAGUUCAGAAGAUUUUGGCCGCUGGUGCCAACGUUAUUCUAACAACAGGUGGUAUCGAUGAUCUCUGUCUCAAAUAUUUCGUAGAAGCUGGUGCCAUGGCUGUCAGACGCUGUAAGAAGGCUGAUUUAAAGAGAAUCGCAAAAGCUACAGGAGCUCAGUUUAUACUUACAUUGUGUAAUCUAGAAGGUGAAGAAGUUUUUGACGCGUCUAUGUUAGGUCAUUGUGAGGAAGUGGUACAGGAAAGAAUCUGUGAUGAUGAACUACUACUUAUUAAGGGACCAAAAACCCGAACAGCCGCAUCAUUAAUUCUACGAGGAGCAAAUGAUUUUAUGUUAGAUGAGAUGGAGAGAUCUUUACAUGAUGCUUUAUGUGUAGUUAAACGGGUUCUAGAAUCAAAAACAGUGGUAGCUGGUGGAGGAGCUGUAGAGGCUGCACUUUCUAUAUACCUAGAAAACUUUGCUACAUCACUCUCGUCAAGGGAACAACUAGCUAUAGCAGAGUUUGCCAGAUCAUUAUUAGUUAUACCCAAACAGUUAGCUGUAAACGCAGCACAGGACUCGACAGAUCUGGUGGCUAAAUUACGUGCUUUCCACAAUAAAUCACAAACAAAGAAAGAUGAAAAUGAUUUACGUUGGAUUGGGUUAGAUUUAUUUGAAGGAGUUGUUCGAGAUAAUAAGAAAGCAGGUGUAUUGGAACCAGCUAUGUCCAAAAUCAAAUCCCUUAAAUUUGCGACAGAGGCAGCCAUUACAAUCCUACGUAUAGAUGACCUUAUUAAAUUAGUUGGAGCCGAGAAGGGUGGUAUGUCGUAUCAAGAGGCUUUACGGAGUGGACAAUUAGAUGGAUAAAGUUUAUAUCAAUUACUGCGUUAUCUAUCAUUGUAAAUUAUUUAAAUUUUUUGUAUCUGUUCAUUUCGAGCAAUUGAAGCUCUGGGAGUCUUGUCACUGGAAAUUAAUUUUAGAAAUAAAUUUCAUGUUGGCUAAUACACUGACCAUAAAACAUGUGGCAAAAUUUAUAGGUUAAAAGAUAACCAGGGAAUAGUACUUAUAUUUAAGGACUAACGUUACAUCAUAAGAUCUUUGCUGAUAUUGGCUCGAUAAGACAUUUAUAUCUAUUUGCAUCAUAUUGUGCUUACUUGUUAUUUUGUAUCAUGCUUGUGAACAAAUAUCUUCAUUUUGUAAUUGAAAUUUUUUUUUUCACAACUGAGUUUUGUUUUCUAUACACCCACAUUUUAUUUGGUAGUAUAUUAUUAUCAAUUUGUUUACCUAUUCGUAAGGUUGAACACUAUCGCGUUUAAUAUCAGUGGACAAAUUUGACUCCAUUUCUCUUGUUUUCAACCAUUCAAACAUAAAUCAAUCUUAUUGUACAAUAUAGGGGUAGUGGUGUGUGACACCGGACUCAAAACAGUAAUGCCCUGUCUCAAUUGUGUCUCAUUCAACCGGAUGAAAAAAAAGGUUGUGUAGAAAUUGAUUGUGUAAUUUUAUAAAAAUCCUCUGGCAAUUGGAAUGGGUGCCCUCGCUAAAGAUAAAUGGGCAUAAUUUAUAGAUGACGCCAUAGAGGCAGUCCCACAUCUCAUUGUUUACCUUACAGCAUUGUUUUCCUGUAUAUUCAUUACGAACUGGUGUGUUGACAAGCAUUAGUUUUUAUACCCCCACAUUGAAAUGUGGUCGUAUAUUGUAGUCACCCCCGUCCGUCGGUCCGGCAUCCACAAUUGCUUGUGGACGCUCUAGAGGCUAAAGUUAAUAUCCGAUUGACUUUAAAUUUAUACACAGUGUUUAAGGUCAUGAAACAAAGAAUCCUAUUUAUUUUCAGCAAUUUCCGAUAAUUACUGCCAUAGUUAUGGCCCUUGAUCACUUCAAAAAAUAUUGUGCCGCUCUAGAGGCUAGUUAUCAUCCGAUUGACUUCAGAUUGAUAAUUACUUCAUGAGUUGUUACUCUUAAUCAGAUUUUAGUGAUUAUAAAUGUUUCAUUACCAAAAAAAGUAAAAGUAUGCGACAACACUUGUUGACUGUUCGGAGGAUUUAGCUGCUGUGGGCGUAUGUUUCGUUGCCUGGCAACCUAUCUUGUAAUGUCUUGUUCAGUGGUUCCAAAUAGGCCUCAAUACCUUACAUAUUAAUUCUUGGUAUUGACGUGUUCAUGAAGAUCUUUAUAUAAAGGCUCCAAUGGCAGUUUCAUUUGGUAAUCCACUUGAUUUGUGUUGAGUACCAAUGUUGAAAUUUCUAUCAUAUGCAUGAAAUCUGAAAUAAAAGCGGAAUACAAAUUAUUAACAGAAUGCAUACUAUAAAAGACUUCCAUUUAGAAAAUUAUUACUUAGUCAAUCAUCUUACCAAACUUUUUAUGGUCAUUUAUUUAAGGGGAUUUAAUGGUAAAUUUGAGAUCCUUGACAUGUCUACAAAUUUCCUGUCUUUUGUUAUUUCUGAAAUUCUGUAUCCUCAGAAUAAAAAACCCUUGUCAACUUG